AUGUCCGCCUUCGUAGAUGGGACGGCAGGCCAACGCGCUCGUGGUGGCGGAAAGCGCAACGGCGGCAGGGCUGCCGCGGCCAAGGGCGGUCCCUCGGGCAGGCAGUCGCAGGAUGCAGAUGGAGGCGACGAGGGGGAUCAUGCCGAGCCGGAAGCUCGUGGUGGCGGAAAGCGCACCGGUGGCAGGGCUGCCGCGACCAAGGGCGGUCCCUCGGGCUCGCAUGAUGCGGAUGGUGGCGACGAGAAGGAUCAUGCCGAGCCGGAAGCUCGUGGUGGCGGCAUACGCAACGGCGGCAGGGCUGCCGCGGCUAAGGGCGGUCCCACGGGCAGGCAGUCGGAGGAUGCAGAUGGUGGCGACGAGGGGGAUCAUGCCAAGCCGGAAGCUCGUGGUGGCAGCAUGCGCAACGGCGGUAGGGCUGCCGCGGCCAAGGCCGGUCCCUCGGGCUCACAGGAUGCGGAUGGUGGCGACGAGAAGGAUCAUGCCGAGCCGGAAGCUCGUGGUGGCGGCAUGCGCAACGGCGGCAGGGCUGCCGCGGCUAAGGGCGGUCCCACGGGCAGGCAGUCGGAGGAUGCAGAUGGUGGCGACGAGGGGGAUCAUGCCAAGCCGGAAGCUUGUGGUGGCGGCAUGCGCAACGGCGGCAUGCGCAACGGCGGCAGGGCUGCCGCGGCUAAGGGCGGUCCCUCGGGUAGGCAGUCGCAGGAUGCGGAUGGUGGCGACGAGAAGGAUCAUGCCGUGCCUGCAUGCCGUGGCGUUAACGAUCAUGAUGAGGACGAGCCAGCAGCUGUGACUGAUGGGAAAGGUGGACGUGAAGCUGUGAUUCCCUACCAACGGCGCAAGGCUGUGGAUCCGAGCAGUUGCGACCAUAAGGCGAGACAAGCUCGGCACGGCCCCAAUGUGCACGUUUCGAGCUCGUCUGGUUCCGAGGAAGAUUCGAGCGACAGUGAGUCGGGCAGCUCAUCCGGGAGUGAGGAGGUAUACGAGGACGAGGUUGAGGAGGAGGAGGACGAGGAUGAUGAGGAGUUGGAGCCGGAGAGCGAGGAUGGGGAGGAGGCUCGGCCUUUGAAGAGGAGGAGUGUGCGGAAGCUCAAGAAGGGCAACGCUAAGCAAAAAUCGGAGAGGGGACGGGUGAAGAUCUGUAAACAGAGUGUGCGUCGUGCCAAACCACAUGGCAAGCGCCAGAGACCUCGAUUCGAAGCUAAAAUAGUGGGUGUGCAUAGCAAGGCGAAGCGGGAGUUGAAUUUUUACGAAUCAAUGGGGAUACGAUGUCCAUCAAGCUCUCAUGAACGGCAAGCCGCGGACCCGUACGCUGCGUUACGCGAUCCGAUGGGUUCGGCUGGGAAGGGAGAUCAGAUGGCUUGGGGGUCAGCGCGGUUUGGCAAAGAAGCGAUGGACCCGCCCCCCAACCAUAUGGGGGGUCGCGCGGUUCAUGUGAAGAACGAGGGGGCAACGAAGCGGCACGAACCCUCGGUAGCUGCAGCAGCGAAUGACGGUGUGGGAGGAGGUGUGUGGGCGAAUGCCUUGGGUGAAUGUGGCGGCGGUGUGGAAGGCUCCAUGUGGGAUGUACGGGAGAGCAGGGGAGAAGGGGGGGACGAAAAAAUGGAUCCGGCGACUAAGGAGGGGAGGGGAGAGAGCAUGGGCACACCUGGCGCAUCCAGUCGGCCGGAUGUGGCUGGCGGCAGGACUGUGGAGCAGCUCAUGCGAGAGCUUGCCCAGCGGGAUCGCGAAAUCGCUGCACUCAAGGCAAGGCCAGGAUCAAAAGGAGCUGUCAAGCCCUGCACCCCUCCAUCUAGGCCUCCUCCUCUAGCAUCUCUGUCGAGCGGCCCAUCUAUAGGGGGCCUCGAUCCAGACGUGGCGCCAGAAAGCCCAGCGACGGUAGACGUAGCGGUCCGUCGAACGCGUGGGAUGCCCACACCCAAGCUGCUGAAGGUGAGAUUGUUUUAG